UCGAAACGCUUUGACCUCGCUGUCAGGAUGCCAUGCCACAAUCAGCAGCUGAACAGUGUCAACAGCGGCCAGGAGCACCCGAUGAAGCAGGUUCGGUUUGCGAGCAGCAGCAGCAGUGUGCCUGCGGUGCUGAACAGCUCUGAACCGACUGAUGUCCCCACGCAGCCGGUCAGCCCGGACAGCCUGGGUCCUCAGCUGAAGCUGCUCCCUCUGAACGACCAGAUCCGAGAGUUGCAGACAAUAAUCAGAGACAAAACGACCAGCAGAGGAGAUUUUGUUUUCUGUGCAGACCGACUGAUCAGACUAGUAGUUGAAGAAGGAUUGAACCAGCUUCCCUUCUCAGAGUGCACCGUCACCACUCCCACAGGGUACAAGUAUGAGGGAGUCAAGUUUGAAAGAGGCAACUGUGGAGUCAGCAUCAUGAGGAGUGGUGAAGCCAUGGAGCAGGGCCUCCGGGACUGCUGCCGCUCAAUCCGGAUCGGAAAGAUCCUCAUCCAGAGCGACGAGGAGACCCAGAAAGCGAAGGUCUACUACGCAAAGUUUCCCCCAGAUGUGUACAGAAGAAAAGUGCUGCUCAUGUACCCCAUCCUCAGUACAGGGAACACGGUGAUCGAGGCCGUCAGGGUGCUGAUAGAACACGGAGUCCAACCCAAGCACAUUAUUCUCCUCAGCCUCUUCUCCACACCUCAUGGAGCCAAGUCCAUAAUCCAGGAGUUUCCAGACAUCACCAUCCUGACCACAGAGGUUCACCCAGUGGCGCCAACACAUUUUGGACAGAGAUACUUUGGUACUGACUAAAACAGGACAAAAAGCUUUUGGUUUUUUUUCUGCAGGCUUUGUCUCUGUAUUUCAUGGUGUCCUUGUGAACCGCAGUACUAUUUACUCAAGUUUUUGAACUGACACCUAAUGAUUGACCCCAUUACUUGUAUUUAUUGCUUUUUUUUUUGUUUUGCUUUCUAUGCUCAGACUGUAGAAAGAAAACCACAAAGAUUAAAACAUGGAUCAUUUUAUUUUGCAUUGUAUGAAGAGAUGAAUCAAUAAAGAAUUUAUAUUUGUUUACAGACAGAACAAUA